AUGCCAGCAUUUACGCCGUUGUCUCCAGCUGCUGCCCUCCUCCUCCCCCCGCGCCUCUCGCGCUCUGCUACUCCUGCUACUAGUGCUUGGUUCCUCGUGCCUAUGAUCUCGGCUCUGCCAGCAUUUGCAUUGCAGGGGUUCAUCACGCCGACGGAGGGAGGAGCCCUCCGGCUCGGGCUCGGGCUCGCCGCCGCCGUCGCCGUUGCCACCCACACCGUCGGUGUUGCCGCCACCGGCGCCGCAUUCCCACCCCCGGCGCCUGCGGCCAGAGGCUCGCCGCCGGCAGCGCCGUCAAGGGACUCCCCGUCACAACCGGCUCCGAAGCGCAGCGGUGGUGACUCCGACAAGAGUAGCCGCAGCAAGAGCGGAAGCAGCAGCAGCAACGGGUCAGUGCAGGUGGGUGUCAUCCUGGCCGGCGUGUUGAUCGGGGUCCUGGCCUUCGGCCUGCUGAUGUGCAUCGCCGCGUGCGUGUGCUGCGCCAAGAAGAAGAGGAGGAAGAAGCCCCCGCACAUGAACAUGCCGUACUACACCGACGAGCACGGGAACGUCUUCUACGCGAACAGCAUGCCCAAGUGGCAGAGCAGCGCGAUGGACCACGGCUGGCACGCGCCGUACUCGCCGGCGAGCGGGGACAUGAGCGGUUCGCACGGGCAGAUGCCGCCGUCGCCGGGCAUGCCGUCGCUGGGGGAAGGGCGUGCCGGUGAUGGAGUGGCCGAGGAGGCUCACCAUCGCCCUCGGCUCCGCCAAGGCCUGGCUUACCUGCACGAAGAUUGUCACCCCAGGAUCAUCCACCGUGAUAUCAAGGCGGUCAACAUCCUUUUGGACGAAAAUUUCGAGGCUAAGGUCGCGGAUUUCGGACUAGCCAAGCUGACCACAGACACCAACACGCACGUCUCCACGCGCGUCAUGGGAACUUUCGGGUAUUUGGCCCCGGAGUACGCGUCGAGCGGCAAGCUCACCGACAAGUCGGACGUGUUCUCCUUCGGCGUCAUGCUCCUGGAGCUCAUCACCGGCAAGAGACCGGUUGAUCCCACGAACUACAUGGAGGACAGCCUGGAUGACUGGGCGAGGCCCCUCUUGGCGCGCGCCUUGUCCGAAGAAGGCAACUUCGACGAGCUGCUGGACCCGCGGCUGGAGAACAGGAUCAACCGGCUGGAGCUGGAGCGGAUGUGUGCCUCCGCCGCCGCUGCCGUCCGCCACUCAGCCAAGCGGCGACCCAAGAUGAAACAGAUCGUUCGUGCUCUGGAAGGGGACGCGUCGCUGGACGACCUGAACGAGGGGGGUGAAGCCAGGGCAGAGCAUGAUGUUCAGCUCUGGCUCGGAGUACGACUCGGGCGGCAACUACGCGUCGAACAUCAACAGGUUCAGGAAGGUGGCCUUUGA